AUGGCACCCUCCCAUCUUGAACAGCGUCUAUCAAGACUGCUGGAGAAGCGUAAGGGUCAGUCACGACUACGAACUCUCAAGUCGACCCCGGCUGGCUCAGUCGACUUUUCAUCAAAUGAUUUCCUCUCAUUAUCGACCAAUAAUGAGUACAAAACCGACUACCUAGCGCUUCUGAAUGAUCAGGUCGGGCCUUUGGGUUCAACUGGCUCGAGGCUCCUCGAUGGCAACUCGGUCUUUGCAGAAGCUCUCGAAAAGGAGAUCGCAGUCUUCCAUGGUGCAGAAAACGGGCUGCUAACCAAUUCGGGAUUUGACGCCAAUGUCAGCAUCUUUGGCUUCCUCCCGAGUGCGGAAGACGUAAUUCUCUACGACGAACUCAUACACGCCAGUGUCCAUGAUGGUAUGAGGCAAAGUAAAUGCAAGAUUCAAGUAUCGUUCCGACACAAUGACGUCUCACACAUGGCCGAAAUUCUGGGACAGUUCUCGAACGGGCCCCAGGCAGCUGUCUUCCUUGCCGUUGAAUCAGUCUAUAGCAUGGAUGGAGAUGUGGCACCACUCGCAGAGAUUGUCAAUGUCAUAGACGAGAUAUGCCCACAAAGGAAUGUCUAUCUCAUUGUCGAUGAGGCACACGCAACCGGGUGCUAUGGUCCCAAUGGCUCAGGUCGAGUCUGUGAGCUUGGCCUUGAAAAUCGGGUUCCCAUUCGACUCCAUACUUUUGGCAAGGCCCUGGGCGCCAGUGGUGCUAUCAUCCUUUGCUCCGAUGUGAUUCGUUCAUAUCUCAUCAAUUAUGCUCGUCCCUUGAUCUACACAACGUUCAUGUCCUAUCCCAGUCUUGUCGGGAUCAAAAAUGCUUAUGUUUGGCUUCAGACUGGCAAGACAAAUAUCCUUGCGGCAAACCUCUACCUUCUGAUUGACCACCUCUUCACCCGGCUCCAAUCUUUAUCGGAGCUGCUAAAGACUGUACGGAUUUCUCCAACUGUUCCACUCAUGACGCUUCCAGAAACAUGCCCGUCUUCACCUAUCUUUGCCAUACUUACUCGGAAACCCCGUACAUUAGCCGCCCACUGUCAGUCUGCCGGAUUUAUCGCCCGACCUGUUGUAGCUCCAACUGUGCCAAAAGGUACAGAGCGUGUAAGAGUAUGCUUACACGCUGGGAAUACUAUCCAUCAGAUCGAUAGAUUUGUUGAAUGCGUCAAAACGUGGAUUGUGAGUGAGGGAGCAGCUCAGCGCCAGCAAGCUAUCACAGGACAAGGACAACUCCAAAUAAACAAACGGCUCAUCCCUAAGAUUUGA